UUCUCUGGAAUCAAUGACCAUCCGUUCAGUGAAUUGUGCCACACGCGGUCCUGUCUAUUUCACAGUAAGUUUGUCGUGACAAAAUGGGACGAGCAGAGAAUAAUAACGCUGUUCGAACACAACACAGCGUUUCUGAAAAACACCAUUCAUUCGGCAAGUUCAGUUUCAUCUGUAUUCACUCCAUCCCCACAUCAACAACAGAUGCACUGUUUCCAACGUCAGAGACAAUCUGAGGGAACACACCAGUGGCUGUUUCGGAGCCAGACUGCUGUGUCAGACAACUCAGAGUGAGGCCAGCAGCAUCGCAGCUCACUUAUCUCAGUCACGCCCCUCAGCCUGGGAUUAAACCAAGAGCAGUCAUCUCUCUCCCACUGCUGAGGGAGUGUGCACUGUCGGAGGGAAUGUGAACAAUGAGUGAAGGUGAUUUCCAUUCCUUCUGGCUGCCUCCCAUCUUCAUCUUACAGCUCACUCUGCUCAGUUUGGUGAGGGGCUCCGUUCCUGUGAUUGUUGCUGAGUUUGGCCGAGAUGUGACCAUCCCGUGUACGUUCCAACCUGACCGUGACUCUCCCCUGCGUUACCUGGUGUUAACCUGGCAGCUUUCUGCCUCUGCCCGCGUGACUCACAGUUACUACUACCAGACAGAGCAGCUGGCACAGCAGGAUCCCAUGUUCCACAAUCGGACCCAGCUCUUCGUGCAGGAGCUAGCACAGGGGAACGCCUCACUGCGGCUGAGGGCUGUGCGCCUGGAGGACCAGGCUGACUAUCUGUGUUCCGUUAGCACCAUGCUCCACCGCAGCUCUCACACUGUCAGCCUGCGUGUCGCAGCUCCGUACAGUGAACCGAAGGUGACCUUUGACCUGGGCAACUGCUCGGGCCCCGGGCUGGUCAACGUGUCCAGUUCAGGGGGGUAUCCGAAACCGGAGGUGGGGUGGAUCGCUGCGGGAUGGAACAACGUGACCAAGGAGAGCAGGACGGCGUUCUGGACUGGCAGGAGGGGACUGUACUCCAUAAUUAGCAGCAUUCCCAUCCGCCUGGGGCCCGCCAGCAAUUACACCUUCGUCCUGGAGAACCCCCUCCUGGGGCAGCACAUGGUCAGGCCCCUGGCCAUCGUGGGUUCCUGCCAGGGGGAGGCGAUCUCACCUGGACACAGGCUGCACCUUUGCUAUGGCCUGACCGUGGCUGUGCUAGUGACCAUCUCUCUCUGCCUCGGGUAUUUCCUCCUUCAGAGCCACAGGAAAUCCAGGAGGAAUUGAACUCUGAGUGAGUCAGGACUCGGUGAGGGCACGCAGUCUGCAUCCUACCGGCCCCCUCCCUUCCUCCUCUCCCCUCCCUUCCUCCCCCUGUCCCUUAACUGUAACAAAAGAACCUAACGUAACGUUCCCUAAACACUCAGCGGCAUUCAGAAUGUAUUGACCAACAGAAAACUACCCCCCCACCUUUAGCUGCGAAGGGGGAACCGCCGAAGAUAGUAGAAGUCAGGGACAGCAUUAACGCGAAAGAAUAUGUGAUGAAGAUUAAUGGGAAUCCCAGCAGAGGAUAACUAAAACAGCAACAAGAGAGCAGAAGAUGAAAUAGGAGAGUAAGCUUGCUAGAAAUCUAAAAGAAGAUUGCAAGAGUUUCUUUCAAUAUCCAAAAGGCAAAAGAGAGGGAGAGGCAGGAAUCAGUGCAAAGCCCGAGGCUGAGAUGUAGAAAUGGGGAUCAAAGAAAUAGCAGAGGAACUGAAUGGGUAUUUUGUACCAGGGAAGACCCCAGCAGCUCACUAGGUCCUCAAGAGAGUUGAGGGGCAUGGAUAGGGUAAAUAGACAAGGUCUUUUCCCUAGGGUAGGG